AUGCAUAUUCACCGACUAGAUAUCGGUACUAGGGUCAAUAAUCCCGGUGAUGGGAUAAUACGCACUGAGAAUAAGGACGGGGUUCCCAAUGGGUAUAGCUCUUUAAAAUAUAGCAGCACUGAUGGAAAACCGUUUGAUAUAUCCGUUUUAUAUAUUAACGGAAAACCGCUCAAAAGCAUCAUCAUCUUGGUAACAGCUAUUAUAUCCAUUGUAACAUAUUGCAGGAGAGGUAGGGUCCUGCUAGUACACUUUUUGAUACUUGGCGAAAUUUAUUACUAUAUCUUCAAUCCGGACACAAAAUCAGAAGAAACUGAGAAUGUUUUUAUAGAGUUUGCACCAGUUUAUAAUCAAGGGUUAUCUGAAGAGGAUGUGAAAAUUUUGCUCAGGCACAUAAGGACUAACCGAGGAUUUAAUCUCGUACAUCUUAUUGAGAAGAAUAGGGAACUCGCGGGAAAGCUUAUUGAUCACUCAGACCUCAUAUUUGACAUUUCAAAAAACCCUGGUGGUCAUUCACAGGGCUAUCCUUGCAAUAUUAAGGGUAUAUACAUCUUUGUUGAUGUCAGAUGGAAAAUAGGUGAUAAUAUAGUCCGAGUCCAACACACUCCUACUGUUUACAGUAGUGAAUUCCACGUCAAGGGUAUUGAGAGUGGCAGUGGUAACUGCAUAAAAGUCAAGGGAGGUCUACCAAAUGACCCUAUCACUGAGUUUAGUGUAUACUAUUAUACGGAGGAUGUUUUGUACGAAAAUCCCAUCUUUAUAACUUUAAAGAUUACUAAUCACCAUAAGGAUCACAUUCCAGGCUACUACAUUCUCUCAAGGAAUGCCAAUGGAAUAUGGGACCUUCGUCAAACAUCUCCGCUUGUAUAUUCAAGUACCUCUGAUAUUCAAGAGAUUGCCAGGAAUAUAGCUACAUACAAUAGGCUUCUUGUUGACAAAAUAUCAGAUGAGAGUCUUAGAACAAAACUUGGAGAUAUAAGGCAAGGCCUAUCUAUUGAUUUGACAAAGACCAAUGAUCCUCCUACAGAAGAGAGCAGCUUAACUAUAAUGAGUGAGGCUAGUAGUUAUGACUCUGAUGGAAUACGAAUACCUUACAAAAAGUAUAAUGAUGCACGUGGUUACUCUAUAGUUAGGCAUGCUUCUACCAUUCCCUAUUUUACCGUCCAGAGUAUCAGGACAGGUACAGACAAUGAUAUAGCUGAAGAUGAUCUUCCUCCCUUUGGAACCCUCUUUGGAAGACUAAAUGUCUACUACGCUGACUAUUCAUACAAGAACGCACUACUUAUUGAGCUCAGAUGUCUCUAUGAUUAUCCUGGCACAGAUGACUCUUCCACCUGCAUCGACUAUUACUACAUUUCUGACGAAAAUAAUGAGUGGGUAGCUUACAGAUUGGAAACAAAAGCCCCAAAAUGGGGAAAGGAGUACGACACUUCAGGCAGAAAUGCUUUAAUUGCAUAUGUCAAGCAGACUGAUGGAAAGAUUGCCCCUGAAAGGCUUGGAGAAAAACUAGGAAACAGUUUGUCCAAAUAUCAACCAAGAAGAAUAAAUGUUAAACAGGAGAUAAAAGAGGUAACAGAGGAUCCUUUGGAUACUGAGGAAGAAGAUGACGAAGAUGGUGAUGCUCGAAAAGGGUCCAUUGCUGGAUUGGGGUUACUGUCCAGUAUGGAUAAUAACCCACAUUAUGAUAAAGGGCAAAAUACUACUGGAUAUAUUUUUGGAUUCAUAAUAGUCAUUAUAAUAUUGUGUCUCUACAGUUAUUUUGCAUUUUCCUCUGUUCGCAAAUUUGCACGUAUUCCUUACAUUGGAAGAUUAUCACAUAGUCCUUUUAUUAACAGGCGUCUACAUCGCCAUUACACUUAA